AACGAGGCUUGUUGGGUCGUUUUCUGCCGCUCACCUCACACGGCGAGCCUCCGGCUCCGGCGCGCCCCUGCUGGCCAGGGGACUGACCUCAUCCCCGGCCAACCUGCCGGGUCCUAUCGCCUGUCGAACCUUUCGUCCGAGCCAGGCACACCAUUGGAGAUCCCCGACGGGCCCCAUGUUUCACCCGGGGGUCCGGCCCCCUGAGGCGGGAGUUGAGGCUAGGUUCUGUGCUGAGAGACCAGGGGCUUGGAUGGGGCCUUCUGCUGCGGGCACUAAGUGCGACCUUCGAACCCUGGUUGGAGCUCUCCCAAAGCUAUGUCCAGGCCCUCUCUCAUUACCUUCACCCCAGCCACCAAACCUAGUGACCUCUGGAAAGAUGGGCAGAAGCAGUCACAGUCUGAAGAGCUGGAGCCCACCCUGGAUGGAGCUGCAGCCCGAGCUUUCUAUGAGGCUUUGAUUGAGGAUGAGAGCAGCGCCUCAGCACCCCAGAGGUCACAGCCUGAGCCUGAGAAAAAGUGGAAGAAGAGAAGAAUGAUGAGGGAGGCCGCAGAAAGAAUAUCAGGAGGACAUGGACAACCUGAGGCUGAGGACAAGAUGACUCAGUGGAUACUGAGGGCAGCCCAGGAGGGGGACCUGGGAGAACUAAGAAGGCUGUUGGAUCCCCAUGAGGCAGGGGGAGCUGGGGGAAAUAUCAAUGUUCGGGAUGCCUUCUGGUGGACACCCCUGAUGUGUGCUGCCCGAGCAGGCCAGGAGGCGGCUGUGCGCUAUCUCCUGGGCCGAGGGGCUGCCUGGGUCGGAGUCUGCGAGCUGGGUGGCAGGGAUGCUGCUCAGUUGGCCGAAGAAGCAGGCUUCCCUGAGGUGGCUCGUAUGGUCAGAGAGAGCCAUGGAGAGAUGAGGAGUCCAGAGAAUCGGUCCCAAUCCCCCUCCCCAAAGUACUGUGAGACCUGUGAUGCCCACUUCCAAGAUUCUAACCACUGUACAUCUACUGCUCACCUGCUGUCACUUUCCCAGGAUCUCCGGAUGCCCAGCAUGCCCCUUGGGGUGCCCACCUCCAGUCCAGGCUUCAAACUGCUGCUGAGAGGGGGCUGGGAGCCUGGAAUGGGGCUGGGACCUCGAGGCAAGGGCCGUGUCAACCCCAUCCCCACUGUCCUCAAGAGAGACCAGGAAGGAUUAGGGUACAGAUCAGCGCCCCAAGCCCGAGUCACACACUUCUUGGCUCAGGAUACCCGGGCAGUGGCUGGGAGGGAAAGACUUCCUCAGGUUACCACACUGAGCCGGAGGCGGGAGAGAAGGCAGCAGGAGAAAAACAGAGCCUGGGAGUGGGAACUGAGGACAUACAUGAACCUUGAGUUCUGACCUUGGCAAGGUCUGACCCUGGUUUGCUGUUGAAGUCUGAACUUGGACCUCUGACCUGGACACUUUGGCUUCUACUUCCUGGGGUCUCCCAAGGUCCCAGACUUUCAGGUUUUGGUCAGUGGGCCCUAUGUUUGGGAGAGAGGGGCUAAGAGUGGAAAAAAUAAAUCAAUCUUCUCAC